AUGGCAUCCUCGCACGGGCAUGCGUCUGCAGGAUCUUCGCUGGCCGCCGCCGCCAGCGAAGACGAGCGCGAACAGCCGUCGCCAGGCUCUGCUCUUGCGGAGCAUGCGCCUGCGCAGGAGCCUGUCGGGCAAGCUGCGGGCUGUCGCGAAAGCAGAGACACGAGCAGCUCGAGCGCCGGUUGUACAGACACCUCGCGCAGCGCGGGGGCGUCGAUUCCUGUGCCUGUGCGCCGGACCUACUUGGACGAAGUCCCCGAAGAUUUAAAGUGUCCGAUUUGCUUCGACAGCGCAGUCAGCUGUCGCACCCCGUGUGCUCACUUCUUCUGCUACGCAUGCAUCAACAGCCAUAUCAACAACAGACUCCGACAGCAGCAGGCCGUCAACUGUCCGCUCUGUCGCACAGCCGUCAGCGCCACGAACCUCAUGAGCAUUGGAGGAGACAAGGUCGCCAGGGUGCGGGCGUUGCGCGUCGUCUGCGUUGGCGCCGUCAGCGGCUGCGGGGUCUCCGGCACUCUCGAGCAAGUGGAGGCUCACGAGAAUGUUUGUCCCCAUGUCCUCGUUUUUUGCUCCUUCCGCGAUCGCGGCUGCAUUGCCCCCCUCAUCAGACGCGAGGCGCCCGUCCAUGAAAAACGCUGUCGAUUCAACCCUCUCGUCCGAGCGUGUCGCCACAAUCUGUCAGGCUGCAAAGUCCGCGGCACUGAGGAGCUUCUCCUCCUACACGAGCACCGGUGCAGAUACAGAAACAUGGAAAAGUUUGUGCGAUGUCCACACUUCGAGUCUGCCGGCUGUGGGUUGUUGAUAAAGAAGAAGUACCGAGAGCGCCAUGCGGACUGCUGCGCAUUCAAACUUGUGAAGGAUGUCGAGAAUCUCUCUCCUCGCUCUCCCGCAGCGGCAGAGGCUGAGGCAGACAGUGUGCGGCGGCUGGCGAAACGUCGUCGCGCGCCAGUCCGAAACACAGAAGGAGAGAGGGAAGAAGGAGAAGAAGAGAGGGAAGGACAAGAAGAAAGACAGGUGUCUGUCGUCGCAGAGGGAGAGCGAAAGAAGUUGCGCGUCGAGGCAGAGCCGCAGGCGAGACAAGGUGCAGGAAGUGGAGGUGGCACAGAUGCCGAAGACGACGGGUCUCGGAAGGAAGAAAGUGCACUGUCCGAGCUUCAUUCAUUCCGCAUCUCCUUCGAGUGGAGAAACCAGGAAAAAGCAAUUUCCUACGAGGAUCUACGCGAGCAGUUGCGACCCUACCUUCCCAAUGUGGCGUCUGUGGAAGCCGGCAGAACAUUCGGCGAGUUUCACGCCAUCGUUGAAAAUGUUCCAGUGACGAUGCUUCGCGCCGUCGGGAUGGCAGCCGACCCUCAAAUCAGCUGCAGUCUGUUCGACUUGAAUCUGCGACUCAAGGGUAUAACAACUGUGCAGGAAGGCAUCUGGUGAAGGCGGUGAGCGAGCGUUGUCAGGCUGCGAGGAAGAACGGGAAACAACGACCCUGUGGGCGUGCGUCGGCCUGAAGAAUGUUCUGAAGAGAGGCUUGAAGCGAGAAAGCAAUCUGGAGCCAAGGAUGCGAGUAUCCAGCGAGACCCGGCGUUUGAGAGGAGGAAGUCGCGUCUACACAGAGAGCGUCCCCCUUUACGAGGCAACUAAUGAUUCCAGGAAUUUUUUGGAUCUUUUUGUUGAUUCGUGGCGACUCAAAAAUAGGGAAAGAGCUUGAAAAUCGCUGAGUUAGAGGCUCGGGGUCGAGUGAAUGGCAGCGGCAGCACGAGGAUUCGCUUUGUUGCAAAGACGGAUCCACGUCUGAAAGCCAAAAGGCAUAACAUUUGUCCGGAAAUGGCUGUGUCGUUCGGCUAUCGGGAAAAGAGAGAAGUCUCUUUUCUACGGUUUUGACCACUGAAGGCCACACCGUCUCACAGCGAGGCUCUGCAUGUUAAUCGACGAAUGCAUGCAUGUGUGUAUGUACACCUGCACGUGCAUGUAUGUGCAUGCAAUACAUGCAUUUCUGUAUCUACGUGCGUGGAUGUAUGCACGCACAUGCAAUCUAUUUAGAUAGGAAGACACAUUCGCAUGUGCAUGCAUAUUCUUUUGUACACGGUCGGGAUGUUUGGAGAGGGGGGACGUGGUAAGGUUACUGGGGGGUCACGCUCAUUGGGGACGUCUACUUCUUCGGGAAAUCUGCACUCACUAGGGACGUGCUGGCGGGCAUCGUCUCUUGCUAUCUGCCUAGGAAAGAGGCCAAGGCGUCUUCUUUGUUGUCUAGGAAGAACAAGUGCGUGUUACUCUGUACUUUUGUCAUCUUGUGAAAUUGAAGUACUCCCAGACGCACGAUGUGAACAGAUACAGUGGCACA